AUCGUCCUGCACCUUUGGGCAGAGUGAGGGGUCGUGGUGGGGGUGCCCUGCCCUCCUCACACCAUGCCUUGCUUGCGGGGUCUGAAGGGAGAACGGCUCGGAGGGAUACAGCGUGCUGCCGGAACGUAGUGACACGGUCAGCUUCCCCCCCCCUUCCGAAAACAAUAUGUCCGCCUGAAGGAACAGUGGUGGUUGAUCAUCGAUCCGGGGAGGGGGGGGGGAGAAAGAAGAAGAGUGCCGAGAAAGGGAGACAUUUAGAUAGGAGAGUGGAGUGGUCUUGUCUUGUCCGGAUCAUCGUUAAGCACGCGAGGCGGUCCUGGGAAGACGAAGCGCUGGGGGAGGAGAGUAGCGGCGGCGACGGUGAUGGGUGUGUGUUGAGAGCGGGAGUGAGUUUAAAACCUCUCUCUCUCACACACACCCUGCGGCGAGUGUGCGCUGUGGCAGUCGGAUGUUCGCUGGAAGGGGGUGGGGGAGAGCGAGGUUUAGUGAGAGUAAAUCAAGAUGAAUCCACAGCAGCGGAUGGCCGCUAUAGGAACGGACAAGGAAUUGAGCGAUCUGCUGGAUUUUAGUGCGAUGUUCUCUCCUCCCGUUAAUUCUGGAAAAAACGGACCAACUACACUGGCAAGCAGUCAAUUUGGUGGUUCAGUUAUGGAAGAACGGGCAGGUACAACUUGGGGAUCAGCUGAUCAAGCAAGUCCAUCGUAUGAAUCAUCAAGGGCCUUUGCAGACAGUCCACAGUAUGGUGAACAUUUGAAUGAUGGUCGAUUAGGAUCCCAUGAAAGUUUAUCACCAACACCAUUCAUUAACUCCAGUCUAAUGGGAAAAGUUUCGGAAAGAGGGGCCCUUCCACCUUAUGGUAGAGACCCAGGAAUUCCAGUAUGUCAAGCCAACAUUCUUCGAUCAGAUGUGGAAAUAAGCAGUCCUGGACCUAUACCGUCUUCAGGGAAGUCUGGAGCAGUGUACUAUCCUUUUACGGCUACAAAUCCACGGAGGAGACCUCUUCAUGACACACCAACUCUAGAUCCCACACAGACAAAGAAAGUAAGAAAGGUGCCUCCUGGUUUGCCUUCAUCUGUUUAUGCACCUUCUCCAGGCUCAGAUGAUUUCAAUAGGGAGUCUCCUAGUUACCCAUCACCCAAACCACCCAGCAGCAUGUUUGCCACUACAUUCUUUAUGCAAGAAGGAAAUCACAAUUCUUCUGAUCUUUGGAAUUCAACAAAUGGAAUGCAUCAGCCAAGUUAUGGAGGAAUGUUGGGAAGUUCUUCCUCUCAUGUCUCUCAGUCUAGCAGCUAUAGCAGUCUGCAUACACAUGAUCGCUUGAACUAUCCACCACAUUCAGUUUCACCUACAGACAUGAGCCCCAGUCUUCCCCCAAUGUCUAGCUUCCAUCGAGGGAGUACCAGCUCCCCUUUUGUUGCAGCCUCACACACACCACCAGUCAAUGGAUCAGAAAAUCUUUUGGGGAACAGAGGAAAUGCAGCUGGGGGUUCACAGACAGGUGAUGCACUUGGAAAAGCUUUGGCAUCUAUUUAUUCGCCUGAUCACACUAGUAGUAGUUUCCCUUCAAAUCCAUCGACACCAGUUGGAUCGCCAUCACCUUUACCAGGCGCUAACCAGUGGUCGAGACCAGGAGGGACUCCGUCGUCUCCUAGUUAUGAAAACUCACUUCACUCACUGAAAAACCGGGUUGAACAGCAGCUUCAUGAGCAUUUGCAAGAUGCAAUGUCUUUCUUAAAGGAUGUCUGUGAGCAAACACGAAUGGAGGACCGUCUAGACCGUUUGGAUGAUGCCAUCCACGUUCUCCGGAAUCAUGCCGUUGGGCCUUCAACAAGUAUGUCUGGUGGCCAUGGUGACAUACACAGUUUACUGGGGCCAUCACAAAAUGGGCAAAUUGGAGGAAUGAAUUCAAACUAUGGAACAUCUGCACUUGUAACAUCUAGUCGACAAACAUCAAUGGUUGGCUCUCAUCGGGAUGAAUCUGUCAGUCUCCACAGCAACCAUUCGAUCAUCCCCAGUUCAGUCCCUCCUUCAAGUGCAGAAUUAAAUCACCAGGCACAGGAUAACUAUAGAGGACUAUCAAGUUUACAAAGUCAGUCUUCUGCCUUGGGUCCAGCAGAAGUAAAGACAGAAGAGAAAGAUGAGAACACAAACGACUCUUUCUCAUCUGAAGAGAAGAGAUCAGAUGAUGAAGGAUCUAAAAAAGACAUAAAAAUGCCAUCUAGAGGAAGGUCAUGUAAUCAUGAAGAUGAGGAUCUAAAUCCUGAACAAAAAGCAGAAAGGGAGCGCGAAAGGAGAAUGGCAAAUAAUGCCAGAGAGCGUCUUCGUGUAAGAGACAUCAAUGAAGCAUUUAAAGAACUAGGACGAAUGUGUCAACUUCACUUAAAGAGUGAAAAACCCCAAACCAAACUACUUAUUCUUCAUCAGGCAGUUACCGUCAUCCUUAACUUGGAACAACAAGUUCGAGAGAGGAACUUGAACCCAAAAGCAGCCUGCCUUAAAAGGAGAGAAGAGGAGAAGGCUUCUGCCGCAUCGGCGGAGGCACCACCAGCACACCCUGCAGUUCACUCUGGACUCAGUGACACUACCAACCCUAUGGGUCAUAUGUAAACUGCCAGGUCAGAAGUCUGGAUCACUUUUGUAAAAUAACAAAUGAGUCAUCUUUCCAUACAAGGACCCAGCCAACUAACUUUGUUUCAAGAAGCCACAGUUGGAAAACAUAACGCACUUGAAGCAGAAACCCAGAAGCAAUCUCUUGAUCAAUAUGGCAUCACAUUCAGCCCACUGAAAACCUAUUUGUCCCAAAUCUGAAUUUUGGCCCAUAAUAGUACAUAUCAGUCUGUUGAAAGCAGUGUUGCUUCCACACAAUCAGAGACUGUUGCAAUUGUUCCACUGUUUGUGGAAGUUGCCUUGUGCCUAAACUUGUUGGUUGAUGAAAUGCAUUUAAGACAAAAAAAAAUUAUUUAUUGCUACUGAACUGUAAGGUCUACUUUGAAAGGGGAAAUGUUUAAAUCUCAGUUGUUUCAUUCUCAGCUGGGCUGAUGCUAGUAUCUGUUAAAGCUGUUCAUAAGCAGAGAACAAAGCAGUAAUGACCUCUAACCCUAGCAUUCCCAGAACCUAUUAGUGUCUUAAAAAAAGGGAGGGAAGAGUUUUCGUUGUCCUCUUCAUUCCUUUGGCCACACAAAUAGCUUUUUCCAUGUAAGAAAAUAUUCCUUGUUAGAGUGUAUUUUUUUUUGUUCUCUGGUCGUGUGAACAGUUAUGGUCACGUUUUUAUUUUCUACAUUAUGUUCAAUGCUUGUGUCAUAAGCAAUUUGCUAUAAUAGCAAAAUGUGCUGUUCCUGAAAAAGGGCAGGUCUGACCAUAGCAUCAUUUAGCUUGAAAUAAGGUUAGCUUCCUUCAAACUUUCAAAUAAACACCCAUUCUUGUUUCUUUUAUUUGUAAUUAUACCAACUUUUAAGCUUCUAGGCUUCAUAGUAAAACUUGUAACGUGAAGUGUAAAUUAGAAAAUUUCUAAUUUUAGAAUUGCUUUGUUUUUCAAGCAGUUGAUACUACAUUUAGUACAUGUGAAAGUGUUUGUUGUAAUUAAGCACAGAUGCAAAACAAAGGUUUUAGGCUCUGAAAAAGUGUCAAGAGCUGAUAAAAUCCUUGGUUCACCAGGGCCAGUAAUGUUGACAAUGAACAAAGUAGUGCUGUCAGCUGAAUUAAAGUUCUGGAGGGAAAAAAGGAGCAACGGUCACCAGCUUUCUGAGACCAUAAUUUUUUUUUGAUAUCUCCUUGUCUGCAUGGCUAAUCAGUGGAGAGGGAUCCCGAGACUGAUGUAGCCAAUAAUGCAAUUGCCCUGAGUUUUGAAGCCAUCGUGGCAUUAACUCAUACGAGUUGUUUUAAAACCACUUAUUUUUUCCUCCCUGGCAGGUUUCCAUUUAUAUGGAUUCAAGCUCCUUAGCUUCCAUGUAAACUGUCUUCCAUUUAAAAGAAGCAUAGGAGAGACAAUAUCUGAUAAGGUUACUUACGUUGUCUGAACGUUGUUUAUAAUUGUUGGCAAUUGACUCAACAAAAUGAACAAAUAAUGCAUUCCUUUGUUCUAAGCACUAAGGCACCCGAAGAGCAAAAUUUGUGUUAAGUUGCCAUGACUGUCUGAUAGGAAUGCUGAACAUUUGUUUUGGAAGGGUUCUCAGAGAAUGAAUUCUUUUUUGACAAUUGUGUAUGAUUUUGUUAUUUUAAUUGAUUCAUGGCGAAUAAUUCAAGAACAGUUAACACCUAAUUUACUGUAUCUGUGGCCUUGUUCUUCAUUGUUUAUGAGCUAACAGUUGCUUAAAACGUGCUAAAUUGAUCACGUGCCACUGGCCUUUUCUUCUGAGCUUGGUUCUAAGCUUUCUUUCCCUUUGGCUAUAAUAGACUGCAUUAUGACCAGAAGCUUUGCUUCAAAAAGGAAAAAAAAGAAAACAUUUGGCUUAUUUUUCACUGUAGCUAGUCUUUUAUACAAUAAUCUUGUAAGAAAAUUUCUUGAAUUCUAAAUAUUACUCUUUCUAGAUUUUUGAAAUCAAAAGUUUUCAGUAAAAAAGUUUCUUACUUUAUUUUACUAUAUUAGGUAGCAAAGGUGUAGGUUAUUUACCAUAACCUGUCCAUUAAUAUCAGAAAAUAAAAUAAACAUCCUAAGAACAUUGUAGGUUCUAGCUAAACUGUGUAGUACCUAUGGAAUAUCGUACAAGCUAAAUGUCUGAGAUAAGUUGCUUCAUAUCUUGUUCUCCAGUUUCCAUUGUUGGUUGAUGCAGAUUUGUACCCGUGUCAAAUUUAAGGUAUUGUUAAUGAACCUUUCCAUGCAACAGCAAGAAGUAAAAGAUAUCUGUCAGUGAUAACAGAAACGUAAUAUGUAUAUAUAACAUUUAUGUAGCAAUAAAUGUGCCAUCUUUUUUAACAAGA